UUAAGAUCGACAAGCUUGAACACUAAGGCUGAUUUUAAUAAGCCCAUUGUGGUUGGAUGCUCAAACAUGCUUGAGGGGGUCUGACUGAAUGCUGCGCAGCUGCGAAAGCUCUAAGGCUGCCCUAAGAAAAUGCCUAAUACAUGCGAGGUUUGCGCCUCGGAACCCUCCAAAUACCGAUGUCCGACAUGUGGGCUUAUGAGCUGCUCGCUCGCCUGCACCCAGUCUCACAAGAUCUAUUGUGCGCCCAAAGCACCAUCGCCAAAGACAUCCGAAGAAGUGAAUGGUACCCGUCACCAACCACAAGAAGUCAAUGGGCAUACUGGUGAAAAUACGCAUGAGUCACAGAACGAUACCGACCCCCGUGCUUUAGGGUCCUCACCCCAACUUAAGGGGCUGUUCGAUCGUUAUCCAGCACUACGUGACCAGUUACGAGAUAUCUACAAGGCUACCCUUGAGGAGGAAUGGGUUGAGACUCAAGCUCAUGGAGGCCGACGACCCUUUGGACGGGGAAAGGGAGCCCCUCGCAGCCGAGGACCUUGGACUCGUGAGAAGGGCUUCAACAGAGGGUUGGGAAAAGUCAGGAAACUAAGGGAGAUGUGCGAGGAAGGCUCGGAGGUCGGGAAAAAUGCCGAAGGCUACAUGCGAUUCGUAGCCUUGGUCAAUGGAGAGCGUUUCCCUCGGGAAUCUGCAUAAUGUAUACUUAUUUCGUUUCCUCUUUUCUCUUCUGCCUGGGGUAACAUCUCGUGUGCAUAGAACGGGAGUUUUAGAGUCAUGUGUUUGCCAGACAUCCUCGACCUCAAUUAACUGUGCCGAGGCUGAACAUGUUUGUAAAAAAAAAAAAAAAAUAUCGGGCAAUAAACCAACAACCGUUCACCUCGGAGAGUUCCUCAGCAGAGGGCCGAGUAUAUUCGUGGUAACCUUGAUUGAUGUAUAGUAC